AAUAUUAUUAUUUACGUUGAAACGAAACAAACAGACACAGGGAAGAGAACUCUAAAGAAAGUAAAGGAGCAGCGAUGAGAUCGGGGGUUGUCCGUAAACAACGGAUACAACUGUUGUUCGAUGUUUGUUUGUUUUUGGAACUCCGCGUUGAUUCAGCGUUCUGGAUGUUUCUCCCUUCUUCAUUAUCCAAAUCGUUUUCCAAAGUAUAAAUUUUCAUCAAAACCCCUCGCUUAUUUUUGGUUAAAUUCAGGCCAAACAAAGGGUUUCACAGAGAAAUUUCUGUGUUUUUCUUCGAUAUUAUCAUUCAGAAAGAAAAAAAAAAAAAGUUACAAUUUUUAUUUUUUAAAGUCUCUUCCCUUUUUUCAGCAAUGGAAGAUAAACCAUUAGGGAUUCUGAGGGUUCAUGUGAAAAGAGGGAUUAAUCUUGCCAUUCGUGAUGCCACCACCAGUGAUCCUUAUGUUGUUAUCACAUUGGCUAAUCAGAAACUGAAGACGCGUGUGAUUAAUAAUAACUGUAAUCCAGUGUGGAACGAACAACUCACACUUUCCAUCAAAGAUGUGAAUGAUCCAAUCCGUUUGACGGUGUUUGGUAAAGACAGAUUCUCGGGAGAUGACAAAAUGGGUGAUGGAGAAAUAGACUUAAAGCCGUUCCUAGAAGCGCAUCAGAUGGAGUUAGAUUUCCAGAAGCUUCCCAAUGGUUGUGCAAUCAAGAGGAUCCGUCCAGGCAGGACCAACUGUUUGGCUGAAGAGAGCAGCAUCACUUGGAGCAAUGGGAAAAUCAAACAAGAGAUGAUUCUUAGACUAAAGAAUGUCGAAUGUGGAGAAGUAGAGAUCAUGCUCGAGUGGACAGAUGGUCCAGGCUGCAAGGGUCUUGGGCGCGAAGGUAUGUCAAAAAUGCCUCAGUAUCUUUAACUUGUGUACAUCUCUUUAUUGCUCGUUGUGAUGUGAAUGCGAGCAUUGGUUCUCUGAGGAUCGAAGAAGACACCAUGGAUGCCAACAAAACGAUUGGACUAAGAUUGCAGAAAUGUUGAAACAGAGACCCUGAAGAUGUGAUGGUACUUUUUUUUUUUUUUUCUUCUGUUCAUGGAAAGACGAGUUUGUCUUUUAUCUCAUCAGAUAUGAAACUACAAAAGAAGGCUCUGCUUAAGUCUUUAGUUGUACAUGUCGAAUAUAUAACUCAACCCUUACAUAUAUUGUAUCUAUUUCUACUAAUGAUGAAAUAAAGCAAACCCUGAAUUUCUAGAA